AUGCCAGCAUUCAUCAAAUACAUGAAGGAGCUUCUUCCCAGAAAGAGCUCACUCAAAGGAGGACAGACUAUAGUGAUGAACAAGGAAUGUAGUACCCUGAUUCAACCUGAGCUGCCCACAAAAAGGAGAGACCCAGGGAGUUUUCACAUCCCUUGUGCAAUAGGGGAGACAUGUUUUGAUAAAGCACUAUGUGAUUUGGGGGCAAGCAUCAAUCUACUACCCUUGUCUCUGGUGAAAAGGCUGCAAAUCAAUGAGAUACUGCCCACAGAUGUGGUGAUAAGGCUGGCUGACAAGACUCAAAUGCAAGCAAUAGGAGUUGUGGAAAACGUGCUGCUCAACGUUGGAAAAUACUUUCUCCCAACAAACUUUGUCAUCCUGGACAUGGAAGAGAGUCACCUACACCCAAUCAUAUUGGGGAGGCCAUUCCUAGCUACUGCUAGAGCACUCAUAGAUGUGGAAAAAGGGGAGCUAAUACUGAGGAUUCAUGAUGAGCAACUCAGCUUUAAGGUCUUCAAACUCUCACAAGAAGAAGACCAAGAAUACAAAAAACCAAACAAACAUCAUGAUGAACUGUUAAAAGAGGAAGCAAGUACUGAAGCACACCCAACCCAUCUAGGGAAACCCAUGCAUGAGGAACAAGGAAACAGUCAGUUGCCACAACUCAAAGAGAAUCUGGAGGAACCUGAUCCCCCAGAGAUAUGUGAAGUAAGCAACAAAAAUCCCCCAGAAGAAGAAGUCAUCAAGAGCAAAGUAGGUUCUAAAGACACAAGGAAGAAGGUUCCAAAGAAGUGGAGGAACAAAAAGAUCCCUACAGAGGACUUCUCUCCAGGUGAUAGAGUGAUCUCAGCUUACUUUCCAGAUAUUCCACCUAAUCUCCCUACUGUACCAUCUCAGCUACCCAAGGUCUUCACUAUCAAUAGAGUUCUCUCCCUGGAGCAUGAAGAGAUCAUUGAUACAACCAAUGGAUACAAGUCCACAGCAAGGGGGGAGGACUUCAAGCACUACCAACCACCAUAA